UCGGCCGCUGCCGCCCCUGCAACUGCUGUCGUCUCUGCCACCUGCCGCGGCCGGGUCUCUUCCCGGGAUUUGUUCACUUCUCCCUCGUUCCCUAUCGCGCCCAUGGUCCCUCCUGCAGCCGGGACGGCGGGCCCGGCGGCUCCGGCGUGGUGAGAGGCUGGUCCGGGGACGAUGAAGGCCCUGCACUGCGGCAGCUGUUCCAGCCGCCUGCUGGCCUCCGCCCUCUUGCUGUUGCUACUCCUACCAGGGCUACGAGGGCCUUUAGCGGUACUGCUGCAGGCGGCCGAGGCCGCUCCGGACUCCGGCCCUCGCGACCGUGGGCUGCGGACCCUGUCCCCGCUUCCGCCUGGCCCCACUGCCGUUCGCUCUCCGGGCCGCGCUCGGGCCGAAGCCGCGGCCCCGCGGAGCGCCGAGGGCGGCAAUGGCAGCAGCCCCGGGGCGGUGCCUGCGGCAGAUAACCUAGCAGGGAAGGCGGGGGCAGAAGGCCCGAUGGGUAGCGCUGGGAGCACCAGCUCCGGCGAGAAGCCCAUGACCCAGCGGGCCCUGACCGUAUUGAUGGUGGUGAGCGGCGUGGUGCUGGUGUACUUCGUCGUCAGGACUGUCAGGAUGAGGAGAAGAAACCGAAAGACUAGGCGAUAUGGAGUUCUGGAUACCAACAUAGAAAACAUGGAACUGACACCUUUGGAACAAGAUGAUGAGGAUGAUGAUAACACACUGUUUGAUGCCAAUCAUCCUCGAAGAUAAGACUGUGCCUUUUGAUGAGAAGAUUUCAUCUUUCUACAAUGAAGAGCAGAAUUUUUAUGUUUAAGGAAUAAGAAGCCACUUUAUCAAUGGGGGGGUAUUUAAGUUAUAUAUAUUAUGACAACUUUUAAUUUGUUAUUGCCAUAAAUACUGUAUCAUUACUAUGUUUUGUAUAUAUAGAAGUGCUCUUAAUGGGCUUAGAGUUAUUUGGAGUAAACUGUACUAUAAUAGAAAUCUGUUUGAAAAUUACCUUAAAGCAGGGUGUUCUCUGAUCAGUUUUUGUUUCCUGCUUAUUAUAUUGUUGGAAACUGUUUUAUAAACUAAAGAUUUGCUUUGUUUUGUUUUUGCUGAUUAAUUCUUUUUUUCCUGGAACUGUAAGUUCCAACAACUAACUGGUGUAUAAAAAAAUUUAAAAAUUUCUUUAUCAAGAUAUAUUUCCCAUUUUUGUGGGGAAAAGAAGCCAAAUUUAUUACUUUGCCUUUGGGUCUUUUAAAUAUUGAUAAAUGUCUGAGUUAUAU